CAAACACUUGGCAAGGAAGCGUUCAGUGUUACUAGCCAUAAAAUCUUGACAGUCGACUUCGAUUUUUCGAAAGUGUACAAUGACCGUGCAUCCGUUAAAUAUACCAGUAGAAAGUCUUAACGAGGAGCCGCAUAAUGUGCAGCACGAGUUGUAUAUAGAGUUUUAUUACGUCGAUCAAGUUCACAUUUUCAUUACCGGCAAUCGCAGACAUUAUUAUAUGACAAUGAGUGAAAGUGACACUGUCUACGAUGUCAUGUUCAAAAUUCAGAGUGAUACAGAACGUUAUUCUGGAGGCAUCCACACUGAUUGCCAAAUCCUGUAUAAGGAUGGAGAGAUCAUGGAUUUAUUCCAACCCCUGUCGCAUUUUAACAUCCUUCCAGAAAAUACUUCUCUUAUUUCUCCAGCACGACUGCAGAUAUCAUUCAAAGACAGUGCUGCAGGACGAGCCAGUAGAUGCCAAAGUAUUUGGAACAAGCUUCUGGAAUGCCCUGGAGUAAAUUGUUUAUAAUGCGAGAUCAAUGCAAGAAACAUCAAACUCCUAGUUUUUUGUUUGGAUCCUGAUCAAUGGAGAAGACUGAAAUCGAUAUUGUCAAUGCUGGUAUAAUUUUGCAGGGGAUAAAUUGUUUGGUAUACAAGUAACUCAUAUGUGGUCAAUAAAA